AUGGAUCGUAGCAUUGAUAGACGUUUGUGUGGACAUUGUCACCAAUCGAUUGGCGAUGAGGCGCUGGUGGCUUUGAAUAGACUAUGGCAUCCGGAUCAUUUUACGUGCUCCUCUUGUAAGAGACCCAUCAAGCAGACGUUUCAGGUGAGAAAUUUGCCGAUUUUUUGAGCCCGAAAGCCCCCUAAGGCCCCCUGAAGCCCACUAAAGCCUCCAAAAUUUCCAGGCCGCCGACAAUCAUGCCUACUGUGUCCAAUGUUUCGCCCAAAAAUACAACCCAAAAUGCGCGGGUUGUAUGGAAACCCUUGUUGACACGUGUCUUUUGGCUUUGGAUCGCCACUGGCAUCCACGUUGUUUUACGUGUUCAUCGUGCAAUCGUCCGCUUCCGAAUGGCGAAUUCUAUUUGGUCGAUGAUAAACCGUAUGAUUUGGAUUGCCAUUGGGCGAAAAGAUUGGAGAAGAGAGAGCAUAUUGAGAGAGGAGGCGCAGAGAAGUAG